AUGACAUUAUCAAGAGAAGCUCAGGUUCUUGUUCGCAUUGCACGUGUUUCCAUAUACAGCAUUGUACAGCCUGCUAGACUAGCACUUCUAGGUGUCUGUUCUACUGGUGUCUUUGGCCUCUCAAUGUACGAGGCAUUUCUUCUACUGGACCCGUUACAACCAAUAACACUCGACUCGAUGCUCUUUAUGUACAAAUAUGCAACGCAUAAUUUUCUCGCUAGUUGCAUCUGGGAAACUCGAGCGCCGGAGCUUGUCGCGCAAUCGCUCAAUCUCGAUCCGACAAAGUUUCUGCACAUCUUUUACCCGGCAACGUCAAGUGUUGAUGCAGCCUUGAAGCUAAAAGUCAUGACGAUAUUCACAGCAAGGUCGAUGCUUGCGGGCUUUAUGGUGGUGACGCAGUUGUUGAAUAUUGUCAGGGCAAGUGGCAAAGCGGCCUUGGGGUACUCGGAAAAUGUAUACAGUGGACUAGAACCGCCGUUACAAGGCAUUGAAGAACGUAUUAUCCGUCUUGCAGGAAAGGGAAGUGAUGUGACCGAAGUAUCAAUGGCACGUUAUGGCGCGCAUAUUCUACCUGUGCUCGAGAAACCAGAGCAGCAUCGUCACCUGGUGGCUUUGUGGUCGCUAAAUGGACGAGUGCCGUGCGUGUGGUGUGUACCCAAAGAUCAAUACGGGUUUCGGCAUUCGUGGUCAGGUUUGCGUGUUGAUGAAUCCUUUUUGCUGCGUACGACCACAGGAAAGUAUAUUCUAUGCAUCGAGGCGGAUGCCACACUAAAGGAUAGAGCAUUUGAGUUGCAAGUGAUGCCAACGGCACCUUCAUCGUGGGACAAAGAGCUCUCGAUUGAAGAUGCAUCACAAGCCUACCGCCUUGUAGAGCGGCAAGCAGCACUGACACUUGCACGGCCAUUUCGAAGUCUUUGUGUGCUGUUGGGCGAUUCUCGCCAGCCAUGCAAUCUUGGCGGAGAGUCGUUCGUCACGCUGCGUGAUCGAACGCGACUCAAGCAAGAAGUUAACGUUCUCAUCGACUCUAAAGCACCCCUGCUGCUAGAGGUGCUGAAAUGGUGUGGACGUUUUGUUGAUGGCCGAAAGACACUGGUACUAGAUGUGACGCCGCACAACUUUUCGCUGUUUAAGCUGUUUCUCGAACACCAUGGAUAUGCUGUCCUUACCCCAGCAGAGGCUGUGGAGUUUGAAGAGCGCGAGCGAGCCGAGAUUGCUGCGGAAGCGAAAGCAAAGGCUGAAGUAGAGGAGAUCGAACGAAAGCCGCGCGAGGUCGAAGAACAAGAACAAGGGAUACGUAACUCGAAUCGCGAUAUGAAGCAAAAGAUUAGCGGAGGUUCUCAGAAAAUGGAAAAGAAUAACAGUGCUAGUAGUGUGCCCAGCAACACUGCUACACAGACACAGGUUACGGACAAAUCUGUGAGCAAGGACAAAGAAUCAAAAGACAACACAAAAAAUGACGACGUAGCCAUAACAAGGAGGAGCAACAAACCCGAAAAACUGCCGCGGCUACUGUAUUACCCAACGACGGCCGCUACCAUCAAUGCAGUGCAUGCUACCUUGACUUCUGGGGACGGCGUAUCGGACCCAAGACGAUGUUGCGUGUUGAUCAAUCAGAGCUUUGGUCUUGACCACCUAAAUGAGCUUGCGGAAAGUGCGGGCGAGAACUUCCACCCAGUGUGUGCAGCCGAAAUCUACGACGACUAUUUCCGUCAAGUGCGGAUCUGGACGCGUAUGGGCCACUCUGCUGCUGUUAUUCAACAAGAGCUUGAUCAGCGUUUUGAACCAAUUCACGUUGUCCUGGAUGCAGUUUGGCAACGGUGUUCUGGACGCAGUGUGGAACAGACUGUUCGUGCAAAGCAACAGUUUUGGAGUGGGAAAGUAGAGUAG